AUGAGCAUAUUAAAACCAGAGAGUUUUUCUCAAGCUAGUGGCAGAAGGGGAUGUCGGCGAGAUUCAAAGCACAGCAAGGAUUCUCCAUUUACCGCCAGGUUGAAGACAAGAGGGCCACGUGAUGAGGAAUGCAGGCAACCUCUAGAAGCUGAGAGUGACCCCCAGCUGACAGCCAGCAAGGGAAUGGAGCUCUCAGUUCUACAACUACAGGAACUGAGUUCUUCCAACAACCUGAAUGAAUGUGGACAUCACUUUGGACCCCUGCUGAAAGACUUUAUCCUGGAUCGUGUCAGCCCAAGGGAGUUCAUCCUGGUAGGACUUACAGACCAAAGUCAACUCCAGAUACCCCUCUUCUUCCUCUUCUUAUUGAACUGUAUGGUCACUGUGGUAGGGAAUUUGAGCUUAAUUAAUCAGAUAUGCCUGAACUCUCAUCUUCACACUCCCAUGUAUUUUUUGGUCUUCAACCUGUCCUUCAUAGAUCUCUGCCACUCCUUGGUCAUUACGCCUAAACAGCUGAUGAGCUUUGUGUCAGAGAACAUCAUCUCCUUUGCAGGGUGCAUGACUCUGUUGGGUUUUCUUUUCUGUUUCCUUAUCCAUUCUGAAUGCUAUGUGUUGACAGCCAUGGCCUAUGAUCGCUGUGUGUCCAUCUGUAAGCCCCUUUUGUACACAGUCACCAUGUCCCCUCAGGUCUCUUCUUUGCUGAUGUUUGGUUCAUAUGUAAUGGUGUUUGCCAGUGCUGUGGCCCACACAGGGCACAUGGUCAGAUUAUCCUUUUGUGAUUCCAGCAUCACCAACCAUUACAUGUGUGACAUCUUCCCCCUCCUCCAGCUGUCCUGCAGCAGCACGGAUGCCAGUGAGCUGGUGGAUUCCAUUAUUGUGAGCACAGUUGUAAUAAUAUGUAGCUUCAUUAUUUUUGUUUCUUAUGCUUUGAUCCUCUCCAGUAUCCUCCACAUCUCAUCAGCUCAGGGUUGGUCCAAAGCCCUCAGUACUUGUGGCUCCCACAUAAUAACUGUUGCCCUCUUCUAUGGUUCUGGGUUGUUUACACAUCUCAAGACCUUUUCUGAUGGUUCUGUGGGCCAGGGGGAGUUCUUCUCAGUAUUUUAUACCAAUGUAGUCCCCAUGUUGAACCUCCUCAUCUAUAGUCUAAGGAACAAGGAUGUCAAACUUGCUCUGAAGAAAACCCUAAAGAGAGUUGCGAACUAA